UCCUCUUUCCUUCUUCUCUCUUUUUUUCCUUUUUUUUUCUCUCUCUCUCUUCCUGCAUCUUCUUACCGAGCUCCCUCCACUAGUUAACCAUAACCGACUACUCUCUCCUCCUCUCUUUCGAUUUAAUUGCUCUUUUCGCUACUCCUUAAUUCGGGUUGCUAUAGGAGAGAAAAUAAUGGUAUCAGGAGGAAAAAGUAGGUGGCGGUUUGACCUUUAAUGGGAUUUUCAGGAACGCUUAAAUUAGUUGGAGAAGAAGAUCAAAAAACCAAGCUUUAAAGGGCUCCUUUCAUGGCUUCCAAUAUUAAGGCCACCAGCCAGUCAACCCAAGUACAACAACAGCAGCUGCAGCAGCAACAAUAUCAACAGCAGCACCAGCAUCAGAUACAAGAUCAUCACCAUCAUCAGAUUCCUUAUGGAAUGAUGCAAUCAUCUUCAUCAUCUUCCGUCCCUGGCAACCUCAUCAGAAGCAAAGAUACUGGAGCUUAUGAUUUGGGAGAAUUAGAUCAAGCCCUUUUUCUCUACCUUGAUGGACAAGACCCUAAUACUCUCCAUGACCAAAGACGUUAUUUUUCUGCAGAGAGCCAAGGAAUGAGGCCUCCGACUCUGAACAUUUUCCCAUCUCAGCCUAUGCACGUAGAGCCAUCAUCAACAAAAAUUAGUACGGGAUUGGUUUCUUCCUCAACAAGUGGUUCUAAGAGACCAUCAGAGCCAUCGAUGGAGUUGGCCAACGCACGCAAUGAUGCUUCCUCGGGGCCUGAACCUGCCAAAUCGAUCAAGCGUGAAGGUAGCCGCAAAGGUCCCACGUCGAGUUCAGAGCAGGAAGGACCCAAAACGCCAGACCCUAAGACACUGAGAAGACUUGCUCAAAAUAGAGAGGCAGCUCGGAAAAGCAGGCUUAGAAAAAAGGCAUAUGUUCAACAGUUAGAAUCAAGCAGGAUAAAGCUUACGCAGCUGGAACAAGAGCUGCAAAGAGCUAGAUCUCAAGGCAUAUUUCUAGGGGGAGGAUCUCUUUUAGGAGGAGAACAAGGACUUCCAGUUGCUGUGAGCAACAUUAGCUCAGAUGCUGCUGUCUUCGACAUGGAGUAUGCGAGGUGGCUGGAGGAACAUCAUAGGAUCACGUGUGAGCUCCGAGCAGCAGUACAGGAGCAUUUGCCAGAGAACGAGCUUCGGCUCUUUGUUGAAAAUUACUUAGUACACUAUGACGAGGCGAUGAACCUUAAAAGCAUGGUGGCCAAAACCGACGUGUUCCAUCUUGUUUCCGGCAUGUGGAAGACUCCAGCCGAGCGAUGCUUUAUGUGGAUGGGUGGAUUCAAGCCUUCUGAACUCAUCAAGAUUAUAUUGAAUCAAAUUGAGCCAUUAACGGAGCAACAGAUAUUGGGUAUAUGUGGGUUACAACAAUCUACACAGGAGGCUGAAGAGGCUCUUUCUCAAGGUCUUGAUGCUCUAAACCAGUCACUGGUAGAUACCAUAACCGCAGAUUCAUUGAGCUGCCCUCCCAUCAUGGCCAGCUAUAUGGGGCAGAUGGCCAUGGCCAUGAACAAGCUCUCCACCCUUGAAGGCUUUGUUAGACAGGCAGAUAAUCUGAGGCACCAGACCAUUCAUCGGCUGCACCAAAUUCUGACGAUCCGCCAAGCUGCAAGGUGUUUUCUGGCAAUUGCAGAGUACUUCCAUCGUCUCCGAGCUCUUAGUUCUCUCUGGCUAGCACGACCUCGACAGGAAUGAUAAAAAAAAAAACCUAAGACUCACAUGAUAUAUUUUCUAUGAUCUUUUCCUUAAUAUAUAUAACUAUUGAUGAUCGAUCAUGUCUUCAAUUCCUUGAUGAUCUCCACUUUCUCAUAAUUUCCAUAGGAUUGUAUAGAACCAUAGAUAGACAAUUUGGGAAUCUUGAACCAGUAAUAGAAACAUCUCUUCUUCUUUUUUCCUUAUGGGAUAAGGAAUUUUUAGAGCAGAGUU